CUGCUCAUUCUCCGGCCCGCGCUGUGAGGAGGAGCCAUGGAAGGGAAGCCUCUGCAGCAGCCUCCUCACACGCCGCCGCCGCCGCCACGCUCCGGCUCGCCAAGGCUGGAAGCAGCCGGAGGAGGAGGGGCCGCCGAGGAAGCGCCUCGCUUGCCGGCUAGUGACGGGGAUGCUCCCCCUGGCGCAGGCGGCUCUUCUCCGGAGCCCGGCUCCGGGCUAGCUCCCGUCUCCGCAGCCGCCGGGGACGGACUAGGUCGACCGUUGGGUCCCACGCCGAGCCAGAGCCGCUUUCAGGUGGACCUCGUGGCAGAAAACUCUGGCCGAGCGGCCGCGGAUGGGAAGGCGAAGACGACGGAAGCGCCCCCCAAAGCCCCCGAGGAUGGGUCUGGCAAAGGCAGCGAGGAAGCCAAAGGCCGAUUCCGGGUGAACUUCGUGGACCCCUCAGCCGGGGACGACAGCUCAGGCGAGCACGGCGGCGGGCUGGAGGGCUGCAAUGUCAGUUUCCAGAACGGCGGCGACACGGUGCUGAGCGAGGGGAGCCUCCAUUCCGGAGGGGGACACCAUCACUACUACUACGACACCCACACCAACACCUACUACCUGCGCACCUUCGGCCACAAUACCAUCGAUGCCGUGCCCAGGAUAGACUAUUACCGGCACACCGCCGCCGGUCUUGGGGAGAAGCUCAUCCGGCCCAGCCUCGCUGAGCUGCACGACGAGCUGGACAAGGAACCAUUUGAAGAUGGAUUUGCAAAUGGAGAAGAAGGAACUCCUACUGGAGAAGCCACUGCCACUUAUGCUGCUGAAAGUAAAGGGAUUGUCAAGUUUGGUUGGAUGAAAGGUGUAUUGGUACGAUGUAUGUUGAAUAUCUGGGGUGUGAUGCUCUUCAUUCGACUGUCCUGGAUUGUAGGACAUGCUGGCAUAGGACUUGCGGUCUUAGUCAUUGCAAUGGCCACAGUUGUAACUACUAUCACCGGCUUGUCAACCUCAGCAAUAGCUACCAAUGGCUUUGUAAGAGGAGGGGGAGCAUAUUAUCUAAUUUCCAGAAGCCUUGGUCCAGAAUUUGGUGGUGCAAUUGGCUUGAUAUUUGCAUUUGCUAAUGCUGUUGCUGUAGCCAUGUAUGUAGUUGGUUUUGCGGAGACAGUUGUAGAACUGCUUAAGGAACAUGAUAUACUUAUGUUGGAUCAAAUGAAUGACAUCAGAAUUAUAGGAGCAAUCACAAUUGUUAUUUUGUUGGGAAUCUCUGUAGCAGGAAUGGAAUGGGAAGCUAAAGCACAGAUCGUUCUGCUGGUAAUCCUGCUAAUAGCUAUUGUUGACUUCAUCAUAGGAACGUUUAUUCCAUUUGAGAGUAAGAAGCCUAAAGGCUUUUUUGGCUACAAAGCUGAAAUAUUUUCUGAGAAUUUUGGACCAGAUUUCCGAGAACACGAAACUUUCUUUUCAGUAUUUGCUAUAUUUUUCCCAGCUGCAACAGGCAUUCUAGCUGGUGCAAAUAUCUCAGGUGAUCUUGCGGAUCCUCAAUCAGCCAUACCUAAAGGGACACUGCUGGCCAUCUUAAUUACUACAGUGGUUUACAUAGGAAUUGCAGUAUCAGUAGGUGCUUGUGUUGUUCGGGAUGCCACGGGGAGCAUUAAUGACACAAUUAUCACUGAGCUGACAAACUGUACUACUGCUGCUUGUAAGCUGAACUUCGAUUUCUCCUCCUGUGAAAAGGGGGGCUGUCUUUAUGGGCUAAUGAACAACUUCCAAGUAAUGAGUAUGGUAUCAGGAUUUGGACCUCUGAUAUCAGCUGGCAUAUUUUCUGCCACCCUUUCUUCAGCAUUAGCAUCUCUUGUCAGCGCACCUAAAAUCUUCCAGGCUUUAUGUAAAGACAAUAUUUAUCCUGGUUUCCUGAUGUUUGCUAAAGGCUAUGGGAAGAAUAAUGAACCUUUGAGGGGGUAUCUUCUGACCUUCUUGAUUGCUCUUGGAUUUAUAUUAAUUGCUGAAUUGAAUGUAAUUGCUCCAAUUAUCUCCAACUUCUUCUUGGCUUCCUAUGCCUUAAUUAACUUCUCCGUGUUCCACGCUUCACUUGCAAAAUCUCCAGGCUGGCGUCCUGCUUUUAAGUACUACAACAUGUGGGUGUCUCUAGUUGGAGCAAUUCUUUGCUGUAUAGUGAUGUUUGUCAUUAACUGGUGGGCCGCACUCCUCACAUACGUCAUCGUUCUAGGACUCUACAUUUAUGUAACUUACAAGAAGCCAGAUGUAAAUUGGGGAUCAUCAACUCAAGCUUUGACUUAUCUAAAUGCAUUGCAGCAUGCUGUCCGCCUUACUGGUGUGGAAGAUCAUGUGAAAAAUUUCAGGCCACAAUGCCUUGUCAUGAGUGGUGCUCCUAACUCACGUCCAGCUUUGCUUCAUCUUGUUCACGCCUUCACCAAAAAUGUAGGAUUGAUGAUCUGUGGCCAUAUACAUAUGGGUCCCCGCAGACAGGCCAUGAAAGAAUUGUCAGCUGACUUGUCCAGGUACCAACGGUGGCUUAUUAAAAACAAAAUGAAAGCCUUUUAUGCUCCAGUACACGCAGAAGACUUGAGAGAUGGUACACAGUACUUAAUGCAGGCUUCAGGCUUGGGGCGAUUGAAACCAAAUACACUUGUUCUUGGAUUUAAGAAAGAUUGGCAGUCAGCUGAUAUGAAUGAUGUUGAUACCUACGUCAACCUACUGCAUGAUGCCUUUGAUAUUCAAUAUGGAGUGGUUGUUAUCCGUCUGAGGGAAGGUCUGGAUAUUUCUCAUCUUCAGGGACAAGAAGAGGCAUGGUCAUCCCAAGAGAAAUCUCCAGUAACCAAAGACAUUAUAGUAAAUGUGGACUACAGCAAGAAGCCUGAGGCAGUAAUGUCUAAGCCCGUAAGCGAAAAAGCUCCUAUUCAUAAAGAAGAGGAAGAAGAUGGCAAGACUCCAACACAACCACUUUUGAAAAAAGAUCCUAAAGUUCCUCUGAACAUGUCUGAUCAAAGACUGCUUGAUGCAAGUUCUCAGUUUCAGAAGAAACAAGGCAAAAAAAAUAUUGAUGUAUGGUGGCUUUUUGAUGAUGGAGGCUUGACGCUCUUGAUUCCAUACCUUCUGACAACCAAGAAAAAAUGGAAAGACUGUAAGAUCAGGGUGUUCAUUGGUGGGAAAAUAAACAGAAUAGAUCACGACAGAAGAGCGAUGGCUACAUUGCUCAGCAAAUUUCGGAUAGAUUUCUCAGAUAUCAUGGUCCUCGGUGAUAUCAAUACAAAGCCAAAGAAAGAGAACAUUGCAGCUUUUGAAGAAAUGAUUGAGCCAUUCAGACUUCAUGAAGAUGAUAAAGAGCAAGAUGUUGCAGAUAAAAUGAAAGAAGACGAGCCAUGGAGAAUCACAGACAAUGAAAUUGAGCUGUACAAAACAAAGAGCCACCGCCAGAUUAGAUUAAAUGAGUUACUGAAAGAACAUUCAAGCACAGCUAAUCUAAUUGUUAUGAGUUUGCCAGUUGCCCGAAAAAGUGCAAUAUCUAGUGCACUAUACAUGGCCUGGAUAGAAGCUCUUUCAAAGGACCUGCCACCAAUUCUCCUUGUCCGUGGGAAUCAUCAGAGUGUUCUUACCUUCUAUUCUUAAGCACUACUGCACAACAUGCAGCUGUGAAGAAAUGGUACUUCAGUGCCUAAAGGGGAGAGACUGAGAUGUUUGAUUAAAAUAUUAACAUCACACACAGGCAAAAGUGACUACUCUUUCACUAUUCCACUGACUUGAAAGCACACAAGGAAAGUUACUAUACUCCUAAAGUUGUGAAAGCUUCAGUUUUCUUCUAAUUCUUCUGUAAUUUAAUCUUGCUUAAUGGAGAAUUCUUUGGUAGACUGAAGAAUGAACAGGUUUUUCUUUGCUACUUGAGCAGCAGCAAUAAAAGUGUUUAUUUUUGAUCAAUGAAAGGAUUAUAGAUUUAUAAAAGCCUUUUAGCCUUGAGGUGCCUUCUGAAGUUAACCAAAUUUCAUCCAUGUAUCCUGUUUUGUAAAUUUAUAAAGAAUGUCAGUCUGCCAUUAGCUAAAACUUUAGAUCAAACUUCCUUUAGUUUCUAGACUCCUCCAUCUUACAAUAAAAAUGCUGCAUUCUGGUCUUCCAUCAAGGUAUUAGUUUUUACUCUUGUAUGUUCCUUAUUAUUCGGAAUGGUGUGUGUGUGGUUGUUUUUUUUUAAAGAUAUCUGUUAGAUAUGAAGCAGGUAAGUGGGGCAAGUUGGCUAUAAUAACAACCAAAUUCAUACUAUUAAUAUCUAGGACUUUGUACUAUUCAAUUUGUACCACUGAAUAAACCUAAAGUAUACUAACAGAGUGAUACUAAUUUUCUCAGAUUCCCUCUAUUUUUUUUCCAUUGGGCUACCUUGGUUGAAGGUUAGUGGGCUCUGCAGCUUCACUCUGAAACUGCAGUUCUGUUCUAGGAUGCUAUAAAUGUCAGUGGUGUUUAUAAGAUACCACUUAACAGGAUACUUCAAUCUUUUUAGGACCAUCUUUAUAAAGAUAACAGUUUGUUCAACGAGUUAAAUGGACCACAUUUUAUUAGAAGUGUCCAAGGGCAAUUGAUUCACUUGUCAGAAUCUAAGUUUAGUCUUGUUAAAUACUCAGGUUUGAUCCUUUUGACCUUGCAUUUUAAUUUGUAUAUGACACCUUGUGUAUUCAAGAACUGCCAAUUUGUGUGCCCCGUUUGUGUGUGUGUGUGCGUUGACUGCUUUAUAUUUUUUUACUCUAUGAACAGCUUACUGAAGACUUACUUGAGGUUUUAUUCACUGGUUAGUUAUAUUGCUAUGUCUAUUAUCAGUAAGAGUAGCCUACAAAUCUCUUUCAGCCUCUUGGCAUUAAUAUGGGGUACCAUACUAGAUUGAACAUCUAUAAUUUCAGUGUUUGUCAGUGAAGAUACGGAAUAUUAAAAAAAUACAGUUUUUCUGCUAGACAAGAUCAAAGUAAAUGAACAAAUAAUUAUUUUUGGGAGUCCCAGUUACUGAGACGUGAUUUUCACAUAUAGUGAUUUGCAUUCUAGUAAGUUACAACUCACACCGUCUGAUCUAUGUUGAUUGUGUUCUCCUUUUUUCAGAAGUGCAAUACAGGUUGGCUGCCAGGUAGAAUAAAUCAAUGCCAGUAUCUAGCUUUGAAAGGAAAUCGGAAGUUAUAAUAGAAGCGGUUUAUUUUGUGAAAAACAUUCCCAGUGUGUAACUAAUAGCAUUGAUUAUUACAAGUAUGCAGUGCUUAUUGGUGUGAUGGUAGGGGACGUACAAUUAUUCAGUAAACCUGAAUUUCCAUAUUUUAUGUACAGACAGACAAUAGGGCAUGGAUUUAAUGCUGCUAUCCAGAAAAAGUGUACUACGUACACUUAAAAAAUUACCCAUUCAGGAAAACUAUUGCUUGUGAUCUGUAAAAGGAACCAAAUGAAAUAUAUCUGUGUGUGCUGUGUAUAAAGUAUCAAAUUUAUCUAAAUAUGCAUAUGUUGAUGGGAGCAAAAUGUAGUCUGUGAAUUAAUAAAGGUUGCUACUCACACAAGAAUUCUUUAUACUACAUAUUAUACACACACACACACACACACACACACACGACACUAAGUCAACUGUAAAAAUAAAUAAAAAUCUAACACUCCAGUAAAUUUAAACUGUAACUUGUUAGCAAGAGGCAAGUUUGUGAUAUAGCCAUUCCAAUUUUUAUUUAGUAAAAAAUUAAACUUCCAUUUUUGGCGCCAUGUUUCUUAAGUUCCAAUCAGUAAUGACUUGAAAUAAUUGUUUUCCAUUGACACUCAGCAAUACCAUCUCUGUAGAUGCAGCUUUAUGUUAUGAAACUAGGAAGUCUUUAGAAAGUAUCUGAAAAAAUGAUUAUUUAUUGUUUCAUUAUGUUUGUAUUAGACUUUCUUUUUACAUAAUUCUUUUUAUAUGCUUUUCUGAUUAUUUAAAAAUGAACUAUGGUCUUAAUUUAAGGAUUGAGCUUUGGUUGGUACUAUCCACAGUUCGAAAAUGUCAUGUCAUAUUUUGAUAAUACUGUACUGUAACUGUCACACAAUAGCUUUUCUAAUGUUUUAACAACGUUGAGUAUUGCAGUUACUACUCUGUAUUGGGGAGGGAUCACUGCAAUAAAUGGGAAUGAAUUAAA